CUUUGGUACUUAAGCCAGGCAUCCUUUCGCUAUCCUUUGCCAAGAAUCAACACGCUUUCCAUUAAAUCAUCAGCAAAUGUCUCAGUUUCUCUUACCAUCUCGUAUCGAAGGUCCGAUAUGGCUUUCGCCUGUUGAAAAAGCCGUACUUCACAAACAAGUUGCCAUGAUUAAUCAAGAAAUUGCAAGCCUCGAUUCACAGAAGGACAUCCAACUUGCUUUACUCGCUUCCGUUCAGAAUAUUCUUUCCCCUGCUCGUCGAGUUCCGAACGAGGUACUCGCUCAUAUUUUCGACGAUGUUCUAUAUCAUCCGGAGAAUUCCAAGAAAUACUAUGUCCAACGCAGCAUCGGAAAGACUCUUUAUACCCUCUCACGAGUCUGUGUUGUGUGGCGAUACGUCGCUCAUACUACCCCCAGACUGUGGUCGACACUGUGUCUGUCAAUCCCAAAGCAUAUGAGUGCUCUCGUUGGAGAUCUUGAGUGGGUUGAGGAAUGGCUCAUGAGAAGUAAAGGACUUCCUCUCGAUGUGUAUCUGAUACUACCUCAGAACAUCAAGCAUUGGCCUGGAUGCGAAUCUUGGUUCAAUAAAACUUGUGAUUCACUGGUAGAUCGCUUACACAAAUUCCUGGAGAAAAUCAUCAAUGAGCCUGCUCAUCACCGAAAUCGUGUUUCUUCACUUAUAUUAAUCGGUCAUUCUACAUUCUUCUCCCCGCUUCUCAAACUCCCUGCCUCUUCUCUACCGGGGUUGAAGAGGGUGUUCCUGCAAGUUACCAAAGACUUUUCUGCGAGCUUGACCCAGGUCAAGGCUUUUCUAGGUGCACCCAAGCUACGUGAAGUAGAAAUCAUAGAGCCUUAUGAAGAAUCCCAACUCAAGACAAUCCUGCUCCCUGCGGGACAGCUGAUCAACUUGAAGCUCAUGCCAGGACCAGGCGUGGUGAAUUCAAUGUUUGAUCCAUUGAUAUACAAGAGUUUCUUGCAACAAUGCAGAAACCUCGUCAGCUUGGAGAUUCUUCCUCCAAUGAACCCUAUAGUACCCAGAUACAACUUUCCUACAGAAGGUAUAAGCUUUCUGCAAUGCUUCAUUGUACCAUUGUUGGAGGACCUGGAUCUGGAUUACGGUGACAUUGAAUUCCAUGAUUUCUGUGAAAUUAUCACCAAAUUUCGGAGACAAUCUGGCUACAUCCCAAACUUAAGAAGUCUGACUGUCAAACUGGGUUCAAUGGACAAUACUGUUCUGAUUCCAGUCCUGGAUUUCUUUCCAAGAAUCAAUUCGCUCCAAUUAGUUGGAAUCAACUUCGACGUGAACUUCCUGUUUGAGGCUAUGACAUACAAUCCCAGCACCGAACAGAAUUCUCUCCCGGUACCCAAAAUUUCAACCCUCGAGUUGGUAUUCAAAAUGAACAACUGGGACAAUUCUUAUCCCUCCAAACUGUUAUCUAUGAUUCUCUCUCGAACAUUACCUGAUGGUCCCGGCGAGCUCCAGGUAGAUACAGGAGCGGCGACUAGGGGAAAGAAAAUAAGGCAUGAGGUUGGUGUUGGUGUUCAUAGGUUGCAAAGAGUAGUUCUCAACUGGUCACCUACUCGCAGCAGAAAGGGAAAACUGUUGAAGUCUCCCUUUGCCGCCUCUACGAUCUUCAGUCUGGGAUUGACCUUCUUCUUGAUGAAUGUUUUGCUCAAGUUCUGA